AACAUCCCGCCGCCGGAUAACGAUCAUCGUAUGACAGAUCGUCAGGGGCAGGAAAAAUCACGUGAAGGAACAAUCGAUUGUGGGAUUGUGGGUUCACAUUCCCACAUAUAUUGCCAGAUAUCACACACACGGAUUUCUGACCCUCAUAGUAAAAUUUACACAAUGAGUGAGGCCAACCCCAAUAAUAAUAAUACGCUUACACAUUAUAAUGAAAAUAGUGUCAACGGUUCACCAAUAAAACGACAAGAUUCUGGACCCGAAGAACCGCUUCACCAUUAUAACAAUAAUACUGAUAUUAACGGAGAAUCAAGAACAAAACCCAGCUACAAAGUGUCAAGAAGUCUGGAUACUUUUCAAUGGGCACUUGAAGAUUUACAAAAAAUUUCUUUUUCUCCAUCCACUGCAAACCAUCAAGAUCCGUCAUCAAGAUUGUCAUCACCGACAGUGUCUUCAACGUCGACGAUAAAUGUACCAGAUUCUUUACCUUCAAGAACUGUCCCGACGGGGCAACUAGCAACUCGUUCUAAUUCUCCAGACCCAGUUCCUCUAAUAAAAGUUGAAUCAACAGUUAAGUUUCUCGAUGAAAUAUCAAGAUCUCUCACGAUAGUUGAUAAAAAACCAACUCCGCGAACUUCCUCACCCGAAAUAAUUGGCAGCUUUUUAUCUUCUUCAACUCAGUCUCAUCAUCAAAAUGUAGCAUCUCCUUCGUUAUCUCCAACAGAAAUUCGAAUACCAAAUAUAAGUCUGAGAUUACCACAAUCUCCUGAAGUGGAACAUCAAUCUCCGUCCGCAUCUCAAAAUUCCACCAAUAAUGAUCAACAAAAUACAUUUGUGCCUAUUUCCAGAGUCAUCGUCACAGGUCAAGAUGGUUCAUCUCAAGCGGAACAAUCUCAACCACAAAAAAAACGAUUUGUGCCUACUCACAGAGCCGUCGUCAGAGGUCAAGAUGGCCGCGUUUGGACUUUAGAAGAGCGAAUUAAACUAAUGGACGAAUUUAUUAUUUACUUUCACAAACGACAAGAAAAAACUGAAAAUGGUAGAUUGAGCCAUACCACUAUAUGCGAAGAAUUGAAACGAUUGAUGGGCGAAGAACUAAAUGGUACCAGUUUAGGGGUGAGUUCGGAUAAUCUGAAAGUACGUAUAGGUAAAUAUUUGAGAGGACAACAAACGUCAUAUGAUCCUGCCGUCUUGCAAGCUAUCGACGAUUGGGUACAACGCGAAAAGGAAACUCGCAAUUAA